AUGCAAGAUGGGGGCGUUCAUGCUGUCCAAGAAGAGCCUCUGCCUAUGGCUGAAGAACCCAUCCCCUGGGAGGAGGUGCAAUUAUAUGCUGACCGCCCGAAAAGUUUAACUCGCUUGGCGAGUGAUCUACCUCCUCUUCUCAAGGAAGAGUUCGUUCAAUGCUUGAUCCGUAACCGGGAUGUCUUCGCCUGGUCUACAGAGGAGUUACCCGGGGUCAAGCCGGAAGUAGCCAAACAUAAGCUGCAUUUAUUGCCAGACUCCCGACCCGUCAAGAAAAAGCAAAGAAACUUCUCAGCCGACCAGAACAAGAUAAUCCGAGUGGAGGUGGAUCAGCUCAGGAAGAUGGUGGAUUCCACUGCCGGCUACGAGAGGAUUUGCAUGCUGGACGCAUACCAGGGGAAUGCAGGAGCGACAUACCAAAGAAUGAUGGAUAAAAUAUUCCGGGAGCAGAUCAGGCGUAACGUGGAGGUUUAUGUAGAUGAUAUACUCAUAAAAUCCCCGUUAGCCGUGAACCUGAUCAAAGACGUAGAAGAAACCUGCAAAACUCUCCGACAGUAUGGGUUGAAGCUGAACCCCUUGAAAUGCUUGUUUGGGGCUAAGGGAGGAAAAUUCUUGGGUUACUUGGUGACUGAGCAGGGAAUAGAAGCUAAUCCAGAGAAAGUUCGGUCAUGGCAUGAUAUGCAGGUUCCCCAGAACUUGAAGGAAACCCAGAAGCUGGUCGGCAGAAUAACAGCUCUGUCAAGAUUCAUUUCCAAAUCGGCAGACCAAGCUGCUCCUUUCUUCAAGCCAGUCGCUGGAGAACCCUUAUGGGUCUACUUAUCUGCCACCCCCAAGGCCGUGGGGGCUGUGCUCAUUAAAGAACAUGACAAUGUACAAUGGUCCGUGUAUUUCUUCAAUCAUCUAUUAAAAGGGGUCGAGUCCCGAUACACGGCCCUCGAGAAGUUGGUUUAUGGAUUGGUCCUUAUAACUCGACGGUUAAGACCUUACUUCUUAUCGCAUCCUAUCAUAGUCCUGACUAACAUCACCAUGGGAAGAGCCCUAACUAAUGUAGAAGUUGCGGGUUGGCUUAUUAAGCGGGCAACAGAGUUAGGCGAAUACGACAUACAAUACCAGCCGUGCACAGCAAUUAAAGCACAAGCCUUGGCAGAUUUCCUAACGAAAAUUCAUCAGACCAGCUCUGAAGAAACAUGGAAGGUCUAUGUAGAUGGAUCGACAACUCACCAAAGAAGCGGGGUCGGGAUCUUGUUGAUAUCUCCCCAAGGGGAUAUACUCCAACUGGCUGUACGAUUGAAUUUCCGAGCUACCAACAAUGAGGCAGAAUAUGAGGCUUUGCUGGCAGGGAUGCAAGCAGCCCGGCACGUAGGAGCAGCCCGGGUAAUCAUUUAUUCAGAUUCUCAACUGGUAACUCAGCAAGUGGCCGACAAUUUUAUGAUUAAUUGUGAUAAAUUACAAGUAUACCGGGAAGCUUAUGAGAAGAUGAAGGAGGAAUUUUCAAAAGUCACAGUAACCAAGAUCCCCAGGGCGGAGAAUGAGAAGGCAGAUAAGCUAGCAAAGAUGGCCAGUUCCUUAACCACUUGGGUGUUAGACCGGUCAACGACACAAACCUUUCUUAUAGCUCAAAUAGAUCUGCAAAAUAAUAGGGAAGCAACUAUUGAUUGGAGGGUGCCCAUGAUCAGCUAUCUUAAGCAAAGUAUCCUACCGGCUGACCUAGAAGAAUCACGGCUGGUCAGGAAGCAGGCCCACGCUUAUGUCAUGAUCGGGGAUCAGCCCUACAAGAGGUCCUUCUCUGGACCCUUACUCAAGUGCUUGGGUAUGGAGGAGGCUGACCAGGCUUUGCGGGAAAUACAUCUGGGGUGCUGUGUUAGCCAGGCGGUCGGACAUUAG